AUGUUCGGUCGUAUAGGAGGCCAGGCGAUUCGGUGCGCAGUUCGACGUCCAGUCGCUCGCCGCAAGGUCUGCGAUCGCAGGUUUUCCGCCCAUACAACCUCCAAUGCUGCCCCUGCCGCAAUCCCGUCGCCUCUCGGCAGUAUCACUGUCGAGCUCGAUCGCAUUGCGCCUCGAUUCGAGAUCCCAGCCUCGCAGGUCACCAUUUUGGACUCGCCAGCUAGCUUCUACUCGACGUUAAAGUCAAAAAUCCUCAACGCACGCCGCCGUGUUUAUCUCUCGACCCUUUAUAUCGGCAAGACCGAGCACGAGCUCAUUGAGACCUUAUCACAAGCCCUACUCAACAACCCAGACCUCAAAGUAUCGAUCCUCACUGAUGCUUUGCGUGGCACCCGAGAAACCCCCAAUCCGUCCAGCGCUUCAUUGUUAUGCUCUCUAGUUGAAGAAUACGGCCCGGAGCGAGUUGAUAUUCGUAUGUUCCACACCCCCAACCUCACAGGAUUGCGGAAGAAAUGGAUCCCCCGUCGAAUCAAUGAGGGUUGGGGUUUGCAACACAUGAAGCUUUAUGGGAUUGACGAUGAGAUCAUCCUUUCGGGAGCGAAUCUUUCUUCGGACUACUUCACAAAUCGUCUCGACCGUUACCACGUAUUUAGCUCCAAGGAGUUGACCGAAUACUAUGCGCGCAUUCACCAUGCGGUCUGCAGUCUGAGUUUCCAGGUCCUACCGGAUCCCCAUAACAAGGCAGGGUAUCUACUGGAUUGGCCUACUGCCAACGGGGCACCUUCGCCUCUUGAUAGCCCCCAGGACUUUAUCAGCUACUCGUCCACCGUCUUGAACCCGCUCAUACAGGCAUACGACAACAAGCCCGUUCUUCCGUCCACGUCAAGCCAAACUUUCGUAUACCCCGUCGCCCAAUUCACUCCUCUCUUGAAGCCCGACAGUUCUACAGAAUUCCCAGCUGUCAGUGGUAUCUUGCGCUUGCUGUCCCAAUCACCAGCAUUCACCGGAGCUCGCUGGCUCUUCACCGCAGGAUAUUUCAACAUCCACCCUGUCCUUUCUUCCCUCCUGAUCUCCGGCACUUCUACAUCCCCUCAAGCUCCGUCCUCUACACAGGGUACAGUCUUGACUGCAUCCCCCUGGGCCAAUGGUUUCUACGGGUCCUCGGGUAUCUCAGGUAUGCUCCCAGCAGCCUACACGCAUCUCUCGGCCCGAUUCCUCGACAGGGUCGCUGCUGCCCAAGCCACAAAUUCCAUCCAACUCAAGGAAUGGAGACGUGGAACCGUCGGCACGCCGGGUGGCUGGACUUACCAUGCCAAGGGUCUUUGGAUUACUUUGCCUGGUGAGGAGAAUCCUAGCCUGACCUUUGUUGGAAGUAGCAACUACACAAAGCGCAGCUACAGUCUCGAUAUUGAGGCUGGCGCAUUGGUUGUUACAAAUGACCAACAGCUGAAGCAGAAACUAGGCGAGGAAACUAAGUGGCUGCAGGAGGACGCUACCCCGGUCUCCAGGGAAGACCUGAUGCGUACAGAGCGACGAGUCGGAUGGAAUGUGCGACUGGCAAUGUGGAUUGUCGAGAAAGUCGGCGGAGCUUUGUAA